AUGGAGCCAUUAAUAGAUAGGAACAACUUCGCCAUAAGCGCUAUGGUCACUGUUGCUAUGCAAAUACUCUUUUUCACCAUAGCCUCGCUCUUUCAAACUGACAAGGUGACGGAUUUCACUGGUGGUGCCAAUUUUAUUAUAAUAGCGUUGCUUACCUUCUUUCUGGGUCAAGGCGGGAGUCAUCUUAAAAAUUAUGACAGCAGACAGCUGAUGGCCACAGCGUUUGUCUGCUUGUGGGGCGUGAGACUCUCUGGAUAUUUAAUAUAUAGAAUAUACCACAUUGGUAGGGACAAACAGUUUGAAGAUCGCAAAAGCAACACAUUGAGGUUCGCAGUCUUUUAUACGUUCCAAGCUGUGUGGGUUUACGUGGUCAGCCUACCAGUUAUCAUAAUAAACUCCCCUCAUCACUCCUUUCCGAAAGCACCGAAGACAAUGACAACGCUGGACUCGGCUGGUGCCGGUAUUUUCGUGAUAGGAUUACUCAUAGAAACCUACGCGGAUCUCCAAAAGUUUGCGUUUAGACAGGAACCUGCUAAUCAAGGAAAAUGGUGCAAUGAUGGACUCUGGGGUCUAUCGAGGCAUCCCAAUUAUUUCGGCGAAGUUGUGCUAUGGUGGGGCAUUUUUAUUAUAUCACUGAACGUAAUCGAAGGUAUAGAAUAUAUUGCAAUAUUAUCGCCGUUAUUCACCAUGUCAAUAAUAUUGUUUUUAUCUGGGAUUCCGUUGCUGGAACGAUCGGCGGACGAGAAAUAUAAAGAUAAUCCAGAUUAUUUGUAUUAUAAGUCGUCUACGUCACCUCUGAUACCGAUACCGCCGGCCAUUUACGUUGAGGUGCCGAGGUUCUUGAAGUUCGUACUGUGCUGUGAAUUCCCUAUCUAUGAUUCCACUGGAGACGAAUUCCACGCAACGACAAUCGCCACCGAGACGACCAGUAUAUCUAUGGUGCAGUCCCAAACAUAG